GCAGCGAACGUGUCGACCGUGUCGUUCCGCCGUGAACAUUCGGUGCAGCGUUUUCCUCUUAUUUCUCGAACUAUAACAUUCAUUGACUCGUGAUGUCCGAUGGUACACGCCUCCGUCAAUCAUGGUAUGAUGCUUUGAACGACGCAGAAGCACAAUUUCGACAGCUUCUAACCUCUUGCUCUUCGUCUGAAUGGAAGCACGUCUCUUUAUCUGGUGACACUAGUGCGCCCUCUGGUAAAGGCAAGUCAAGGGCUUCCGCAGCUCCUGAGCUAGCAGAUGUAGUGGUCCACCGGAAGCCCAGCAAACUAGGGGAUUAUGUUUAUAGGGCUAUUCUUGAAGUUCCGAUUGUAGAUGAUUCUGCUUCGUUGGACUCAUGGAAGGCAAUUUUUAUGACGCCUGAGAUAAGGCAGGAUUGGGAUCCGGCUGUUGAAGGAGCUCAGCUUGUAGAGAUGAUUGACCAGACGACCCGGAUUGUCAAAACGAAUUAUACGAUUGGGUGGCCUGCCAACCCACGAGACGCUGUUACUAUAUCUCGUCUAUUCCACGACACCUCUAAUAUUAUUGAUAUAUCGACGUCUUUGCCCCGGUCUCCCGACGAACCUGCAUAUCUAAGGCCCUCGCCACCUUAUGUUAGAUCGAGUGUAAAAUUAUUCGCUUGGUGUGUUCAGCAUAUACAACCACCACAGCAAAACAUGCAACCUGCGGAGCAACUAAAACGAAAGCUCUCAGGUAGCGCUAGGAUGCGCAUAACUUGUUUCUGGCAGCAUGACCUUCGCGCAAUAUGGAAUUUCGGCUCUUCGUCCACCAUCUGUCAGCAACUAUGCACAAUGAUGGUAGGCUUGUACAAGGCUGUGAAGAAGAGAGGAACGCGUGUGCCAACGUUGAUGAGUUAUGGUUAUGGUGUUAGUAUCGAGCGCAUCCGCUUUCAGCUUGAUCGUGAGGCUCUCACUGUCGAAUAUGCCAUUCAUCCCGAAGACGAGGAUCACUUAUCCCAAUCCACUGAGAACGCUCAAGGUUUAGAUGUAGGUUCAGUUCGGGAGCGCAGGCAACUAACUCGAUCGAUUGAAUAUGCUCUACCGUCUGUGGAAGGCUGGGAUGUUCAGGUGUCGACGAGAGCAUCUUCAGAAAAACUUGAGCAGCUUCCUUGGACUACCAGUGCUACUCGAAAGUUCUCUUCUCCGCCCUCUUCACCAUCAGCUAUCAAAUCUCUUGAUUUUGCUGUCUUUCGAAUAUCGCAUGCUUCACUUCCAGACGAAAACUCGAUACUCAAAGUGAAGGUGGUCCUCGAGCUUUCUGGGCCGUCUAGCGGAAUCCGCCUAAACGGUCUACCUCAGAGUAUUCAACGCAUUGAGGAACGUGAUCCUUCUUCGUUCAUCGUCCCUCAACAGAUUUUGCAAGAUGUCACGAGCAUUGCCGAUCUCAGCUUGCAGUCUUCUUCCUCAAUCAGUUCUGCAAAUAGUACUACGUCCACGGCAUCUAAAUCUGCGCCAGCAAGGCCUCCUCUCCUUCGUACACUUACUGAACGUUCUGCUGCUGCGGACAAGUCUAUAUUCUCGCGCGUGAAGAGGAGUUAUAUAUACUUUUCUUCCCUAAUGCAGGAACCGGAAGCGAAAUGGAAAAGAACUACCGAAGCUCGAGGGGUUUCUAUCACUCAACUGGAUUCGAUCGACCCUACUUUGGUUGUAUAUCGAGCUGAAGCAACGUUUGUGGGACUUGGACUGUGGGAUUUAUACGGUGCUUUGGCUUCUCCAGGUGCUCGGGUAUACUUUGACAAGCAACAUGAAGAUGCUGUGUUGUUAGAGGAUGUGAACGAACUAACCGAGCUAUGGCAUUUCAAAACCAAACCUGCGUGGCCUGUUAAUGGCAGAGAUGCAGUACUCCUCAAAACGGUCUACAAGUCCCCCACAACUAUCCACGUAUUCUCGUUCUCAGCUGACGAGCUACAUCUGUUCCCCAACAUUCCUCCAGCUGAGCCAAACGUGAUCCGAACCCAAGUUGAUUUGCAAGGAUGGGCGAUAGAAGCUUUGUCUCCGAAUACGACGCAACUCACUCUAUUGGAGCAGUCUGACCCUAAAGGAUGGUCCAAUAAGGCCUCGAUACCUCAACAAAUGAUAAACGCAGUAGCUGGAGUCGGAGAGUUUACCAUCAAAUGUGGAGGUCCACCUGUCGUAACGAGACUCAGCGGGGCUAGAACCAACGAUGUCCGAUAUGAUCAUGAGCGUGGAACAUUCCGUAUCGAGUACGAGGGCUCUGAGGGGCGAAGAAUGACCUCCCCAACCGCGGCUGAAGAUACUAUUGGAGAUAGUUCCAUAUCCGGAUCCACCCCUACCAUUGAAUGCGAAUUGAGAUGCGAUAUUGAUACGUGGGCGUCUUCGUUGGAUAUUGUCAUUGACCCCCCUCCUCAAAAUAUUUCUUGCCUUCGUCGGCACCGACUUUCUGCAGGUGGUGGGGGCCUUUGGCUUACGCUGGGCCAUGACGCUUUAUUCACGCAUGACGAACGUCUAUUGGCAAUCGUGCGAAGGGGACCCAUAACUUCAAGCAAGGACAAAGGAACAGUUAUGGUAAAUGGGGCCAGAGUGACAGUUGACGUCGAGGAACUCCCAGAACAGGAGAUUAAGGCAUUGAGUAAAAGGAAGCGAAUCAAGCCGCCCCGAAUACCCCUUGAUCAACCUCCUGUGAUGAGCGUGAUCAGAAGGCGAAGGGAAGAAUGGGAUGCAGAUGGCACAAACGUGGCUAGUUCGCCAAAUCCUGACACUGCAAGCACUGAGGUUGCGGUAUCGUCCCUUUGGCCCGCAGCGCCUAGAUUUUCAAGUCCCUUGUCGAAUUUUUUUACUACUGCUAUGGAGCAAGCAACCAUGACUACGCAGCAGGCGGUUGCUGCUAUAUCGCCUUCUAUGGCUACAGGCGAUGAUGCCACUCCUUCAUCGUCCAAGCCUCCUAUGCAACACGUACUGGAAGCUUUGUCUUGGAUUCGUGAUAUGCACACUCAAUCCACGUCUGAAGGCUGGACUCUAGUUAGCGACAAGGGGUUAUCUGUACAUCGCAAGCUAUCGAGCGAGAUGUCUCCCACCAUUCCUAUCCACAAGGGAGAGAAAGUAAUUGAAGGUGUAGCAGCGGAGGAAGUAGCGUCAGUUGUGACGAGUUACGAUUGCAGAAAGCAGUGGGACGACCGGUUUGACUCGGCAACUGUCUUGGAGAAUUUUGGUGCAAAGUCUCAUACGGCAUUCGUAGUCUCCAAGAGCAAUUUUCCAUUUCGCGAUCGAGGGUUUUAUCUGUCUUCGGUCAUGGCUCGCGCACGAUUGCCUUCAGCCCAGUCCGACACAGAUGCUAGUGAGGGUGACUUGCCUCAAGACACCCGCAACGUCAUAUUCUGUGUUUCAGCAUCGUUCAAUCCCGAAUCUGUUGCUUCCUUCUCGCCAGAGAAGUAUAAUCCAUAUGCUCUUCCGAUUGGGCGUAUGUUUGUUGAUGGCUGGAUGCUGGAGACUUUGGACCCGUACACUACGGAGAACUUUGCUAUUCCGUCGACGAGAUGCACUAGAAUUGUCGCGGUUGAUUACGCAGGUUCCAUUCCUACCGCUGUCAACUCGUUGAUAAAUAGCUCCUUGCCGAGGGCUGUCCUUGCCGUUGAGACGUACGUCAAAAACAUGGCGCCUUUGCCUACGAUUCGACUUCCUACUAGCGCACUUGUUCUCGCUGACAAGAAGAACGAAGAAGCGCCUUCAAGUUUUUCGUGGAAACUACUCUCCCGCGAUGAAAAUCGAACGUUGAUUUCUUCAAACUUUGAUCCCGCAGCACGAGUGUAUUCCGGUUCUCUUCUGCUCACUUUACCUUCCCAUCCACGUUCGACAUACAAACCAGAAGAAAUUACUCCUAAGCCAGCCAAGAUAGCUCUCAAUCCACUUUCACCAGAUGUUCGCUCUAGUAAUAACGCUGGAAUCUUGCCCCCAUUUAACUCGGUGUCGUCUCCUACGAGAGAUCGUAGCUCUUCGUCUGCUUCCGUGCAGUCACACUCUAAUGACAGGCUCAGGUCGUCGACCUCGUCCGCAUUCACAAUCAAAGGGGAGGUUAAAUACUCUGGCGAUCUGCUAGUAGCUGAAUAUGUCGUCGAUUCCAAGUUAUACCCGGAAGGCUACGAUGUCCAGAUACGCUCUCGCAAUCGAGACAACGCCAAGUACAUUCCGCUCCAGGUACCCGAAGAUCCCGCGCAGACUAGUCAGGUACUCCCCAUUGCAUACGCUGUAUACACCGUCCCGUCUUCUCCCCUGCAUUCCUCGGGCCUGAAUGCCGACCGGCCGCCUCGACACCUCCUGAGGUUGACGCUACCCACAGCACAAUAUCAGAUAUCGACUGUUCAGGAUCCUCUCACCGAGAAGACGCACAGCGCACCCCCGAAGCCCCAAUGGCUGCUUGACCUACAGGAUAAAGGAGUUAUUGUAGAAGUUGAAGUUAAGCCAGCGGCGUCCGUUGCUAAGCGGAAUAAAAUCGUAAAAAUUGAUGGAGGUGACGUUGCAGUGGCGACAGAAAAGGAGUCAUUAACUAGUCUGGGCCGAGAUGAGCUUCAAGAUGACCGGGUUUCUAAGAUGUCUCUUCUUUUUAGGACGUCGGAAGAAGGAGAGACGUUGCCAGAUGAUCUCAAGGCCCCUAUUGCUAUCGCUGACCACCUCCUUAAUCCUGUGGUUAUCUCGUUGCCGUCCACUGAUGGUGAAGAUGUGAAUGAAGAUGAAGGCAAAGUUCACCGAACGGACGAGCCAGACGAAUCAGCUAUACAACAGGUGCCAGAUAAAAGUGUUACGCAAAGCCAAGUUGCUGCUACAUCGACCGGUAGAUUUCUCAGCUUCCUGAACUCUUAUCCGCUAUCUCGUCUCGCCUCUUCGGCUCCGUGGGCAAGCGCGACUGUGGCUACUGUGGUUGCAGUGGCACCUUCGAGCGUGGUGUCUACUCCUAGUGGCAGUUCGUUAUCUGGAAAUAGUGCAAAAUUACCUGAGCCACUGGGCGAUGCUGAUCAACCAGCACCGUCUGUUUCAUUAUCGGGAGUCCGUUCAGCAGUGUCAACAUCAUAUCCGCUGUCCACGGUUAUAAUAAUAGCUUUAAUUGCAUUCUUAAUUGGUUCGCUGCUUCGGUCGCUGCUCUCACCAGCAGACUUCAUAUAUGUGGCGACUGACAUCAAGGAGGCGGAGGAGGCAGGUGCAGGGUGGAGGGAGAUCAGACGGCUGCUGGAGGUGAAGUACAUAGUGGGGGGAUGGGAUUUCCAGAUAGCUGUUGUGCGAAGACAUUAGGUGGGACUAGAGUGAACUACAUAGUACGAUUUGUGGUAAUGGCGAACACUGUAUAGUAACACAAGCUGUAAUGAUAUUGGGUGUCCAAGCCUGA